UUCCGCGCCCGCUGCGCCGCCGCGCUGCUGGAGAAGCUGCACGGGCUGGGGCUGGUGAACAACCGGCAGUCGCUGGCCGUGUGCGAGAGCCUCUCGGCCGCCGCCUUCUGCCGCCGGCGCCUGCCCUGCCUGCUGGUGAAGCUGCGCAUGGCGCAGAACCUGCGCCACGCCGUCACCUUCGUGGAGCAGGGGCACGUCCGCGUGGGGCCCGAGGUGGUGACGGACCCCGCGCUCCUCGUGCCCCGCAACGUCGAGGACUUCAUCACCUGGGUGGACGCCUCGAGGCUGCGGCAGAAGGUGCUCGACUACAACCAGGAGCGCGACGACUUCGACCUGGCCGCGUAGGGCUGCCCGGCUGCCCUGCCUCACACCGAUAAAACCACGGCCGUGCCACCACGGGAUAUUCACACAUCUGCAAGGGGAGCCAGAAGGAAACCGUGCGCUUCUAGUAUCGUAUUGACCUGCUCCUGGCUCCCUUUCCCAGCUAAUGGUUCCAUUCAUCCAUGGAGAGAAACAUCCUUUACACAACCACUGCUUCAAGAAUACGUCCAGCAGCUCAGCUCCAUCACCGUCCCAGAUGUCCCCAUCGUCAUCCUGGCAUGCUGUCCUGGUUUAGGGAAAAUUUUCCUUCUCCCCCUGUUCAGUCUCAGGUCUAGUAUUAAAGUGCAGAACUUAUUUCUGGGCUAAACAGAUGAAUGGGGAAUACCAGCAUCAUAAAGUCACCCCAGGACACAUGCCCAGCUCCAUCAUCCUUAAAAGUGCAUCUCCGUCAUCCUUAAAUCCCACAAAGCAAAGGUGCUUGGAAAAGUCUCUGCCCGAUCUGGAAGAUUUUGGUCAGGCUUAAGUUCUUGGCAAUUUAAUAACAGCUGCUGGAAGGGGUUUUAAGCCAAGCCAAGUUGCUGUUUUACGACUGAGUUUAGCAGCUUCACUGCUCUUUUUCCAAGAGGUUGUCCUGGUUCACCUCCUUCACCUGUUGAAUGCACAGGUAUCGGAAUUAAUUCUGGAAGGGUUUUCCCUUGGUAUCAAGGAACAAGGAGGAAAUGCAUGGAUUUUGGGAGAUCAGCAGUAAACAAGAAGGCCAAAUACUGUGGUUCUGGAACUGUUAAAAGUUUUAGCCAAAAACAGAAUUUAAAAAAAAACCAAACCAAGAAGAACUUUAUUGUCAUGUGAAGUUGUAACGGGAAGUUUGAUGCUUUGAGUUCAGUGUCUUUGCUGUGUGGGGUUCUAGAUGAUCAUUAGGCAUCAUUUACAGAACAGGAUCUAACUGGGGACAUGUUGGAGCAAAAAGCUGAUCUAACUAUAACUGCAGAUUUGGGAGAACUUUCGCAUUUAGCACAUUAGCCAGGGGCUGUUGGGAACUUUGUUCCCUUUUGAUAAAAAAAGCAGAAAAACAAAAAUAAAACUGUUGGGGUUUUUUAGUUGGUGAAGAAAUGUAUGGACUGCUUUAUAAUAUAGUUUUUCUGAGUUUAUUCUAAUUUUGAAAUGUUACAGUAAAGCCUGUUUGCCACCUUUCAGAACUUUUUUUAAAUUUAAAUUCUUAUGUAACUUAUGUAAGUCUACUACCUUGAAGGCUAGUACUGACAUGUUUAUGAUAAAAGAAUGCUCUCUUUCCCUUACCCAGGGCUAUGAAAGGAUUUAGCAGUAGGUUUAGGAGCAGAGUUGUGACUGUCCAACCCAAACCCAAAGAGCUGGAGUGCAGCUACUGUCAGAGCUCUGGAUUUGAAUGCCUUAGUGUGGCUUUUGUGAACAGAAAAGGUUUUCACAUGAGAUAUGUUUUGGAGAUAUUGCAUGACCACAGUGUUACCAAAUAUUAUGGCAGGUUUUUAUAAGGCAAACAGAAUGUUUACAUUUCUUCCCAAUCUCAUAAACCAGUUGUAUUAAGCAGAACAAUUAUUAAACCAAUAAUAGAUAUUAAGAAAAGGACACAAAGCAGGUGGAUUAACCCUUUGCCUACUUCUGCUGUUUGUCAUUGAAUUCAUUUCAGUAAUCAUAACCUCAGCAACAUCUUAACCUUUUUCUUAAGAGUGUACACCUUGCUGAUGGUAAGAAAUGCCAAUUGAAAAAAGUUUCACACCUAAAGCCUGACUUUUAAACACCUUCUCAGAUUCCCUUCCCUCUAGAACAAUGCCAUUAUUUCUUACAAAAUUCAGAAGGUGCCUUAUUCAGGUGCAGGUAAAAACAGUGCUUUUGCUGUGCUUUACUCUUUUGGGGGAAUUUAAGUAACAGCACAGUGACCGUGCAGGGCAUUUUACUACUGAGAUGCUAAACUCCUACUUUGCCCAGUGUGUCCAGCCCAUGCAGGAACUGAAGAAAAGGAAAUAUCGAACCUCCAGCCUGUCAGCCUUUGCAAUUUACAUCAUCAGCCCAUUCCUUUUGUAGUAAACCAAUUUUUUAUCAUUCAUCUGUGCACCUUCAGCAUCUGCAGCAGAAGAGAAAUGACCCUGUAGGCUAUUAAGUUAAGCAGUGGGAAUUGAUUUCCCUAGAAAUAUAUGGUAUAACAGCA